ACGACGCUCGAUCAUACGGCAAUGAAGCUCGCAAUUCUCGCUCUCGCGGCCAGCGCCAACGCGUUCACGAGCCCCAGCUCGGCCGCGCGCCCCGCCGCCACCUCCCUCAAGGCCGCCACCGCGACGCUCCCCGCGACGGUCAAGCCGGGCGUCGUCACGGGCGAUGCGCUCAUGGACCUCCUCGCCUACGCCAAGGAGCGCGGCUUCGCGAUCCCCGCGGUCAACGCCGUGAGCUCCUGCGGCAUCAACGCGUGCCUGGAAGCGGCGGCGAAGUACGGCGGCCCGAUGAUCGUGCAGUUCUCGCGCGGCGGCGGCCAGUUCCUCGCGGGCAAGUACCUCGUCAAGGAGUUCCCCGACGAGGCGUCGGUCGCCGGCUGCGUCGCGGGCGCGCUCCAGGUGCGCGAGCUCGCCAAGUUCUACAAGGUGCCCGUCAUCCUCCACACGGACCACUGCAUGCGCGACUGGCUGCCGUGGUUCGACGGCCUCCUCGAGGCCAACGAGGACUACUUCGCCAAGAACGGCGAGCCCCUCUUCUCGAGCCACAUGCUCGACCUCUCCGAGGACACGAUCGAGGACAACAUCGCGACGUGCGUCGAGUACCUCGAGCGCAUGUCCAAGGUCGACCUGCUCCUCGAGAUGGAGCUCGGCAUCACGGGCGGCGAGGAGGACGGCGUCGACAACAGCGACGUCGACUCGUCCAAGCUCUACACGCAGCCCGAGGAGGUCUGGCAGGUCUACGAGGCGCUCUCCAAGGUGCCCAACGGCAAGUUCACCGUCGCCGCGGCGUUCGGCAACGUGCACGGCGUCUACUCGCCGGGCAACGUGCAGCUCGACCCCCAGAUCCUCCACAACACGCAGGCCUUCAUCUCCGAGAAGCUCGGCGGCGACGACAAGAAGCCCGUCUACUUCGUGUUCCACGGCGGCUCCGGCUCGUCGCGCGAGGACAUCCAGUACGCCAUCGAGGCGGGCACGAUCAAGAUGAACAUCGACACGGACACGCAGUGGUCCUUCUGGGACGGCAUCCGCGCCUACGAGCUCAAGAACCGCGACUACCUCCAGGCGCAGAUCGGCAACCCGGACGGCGACGACAAGCCGAACAAGAAGUACUACGACCCGCGCAUGUGCCUCCGCUCCGCCGAGGAGGCCACGGUCAAGCGCCUCGGCGCCGCCAUGGAGGACCUCAAGUGCGUCAACGUCCUCUGAGCGGCGACGCGGACCGCGCCGGCCGCCGCCCCGCCGCGCGACCCGCGGCGCCCCCCCACAACGGACUCCCCAGCCUAACCCGGUUUGUUGUC